AAAAAGUGAAAUAGAAUUUAAAAAGAAAAGGAAAAAAGAAAAAGAAAAUUAGAAACCUCAAAGCAGCGCAAGUUAGCAAAUGACACCCAUCCGGCGCACGUUAGCGACGCCCAAUGCUUCCUACAUCGCCUGUGACUACUCUUCCCCACCUUAUUCUACGCACCCCCGCAGUCUGUUGCUUUCGUUCCAGGACUCGUCCAGGGUUAGGGCUUGUUAUUCUCUUUCUCUCUAUUCUGGGCAUUUAUUCUCCAUGCUCUUCGGAGAGCUAGGGCUUCGUCUCCUAGGGUUAGCUUCGGAGCCUAUUCGCGCCAAAGCACAUGGACAGCAGGAGGCAAUCCAAGGACUCGCUCUCCUACUCCAAUCUCUUCAAUCUUGAGUCUUUGAUGAACUUUCAACUUCCACAACAAGGUGAUGAUUUUGAUUAUUAUGGGAAUAGUAGUCAGGAUGAGAGCAGAGGUAGCCAAGGUGGAGCGGUUGGGAAACAUGGUAAUGGGACUAUGCGUGAAAGGGAACUGAGUUUGUUAAAGAAAAGGAGGCAGUCUGAAAACAGUGACGACGAGGACGAGGACAGUUAUAACGGGAGACGCAUUACUGAGGAGAGGUAUCGAUCAAUGCUUGGAGAACACAUACAAAAGUAUAAGAGGAGGCUCAAGGAUUCCUCAGCAACUCCUGCACCAACCAGGAUGGGGAUUCCAGUUCCAAAGAGUAAUUUGAGUUUGAAAGCUAGGAAACUGGGGAAUGAGCACCAAGGAGGAUUUCAGGAAGUGGAAACCAUGCCCGACUGGUUCAAUGAUAGUAAUCCUCAAAAACAAGGGAUGCAUCGUGAAGCAGAUUUUGCACCACUCAAUGGCAGUGAAAGAACAACAUAUGAACCCGCUUUUUUAGAUAUUGGGGAUGGUAUCACAUAUAAGAUUCCUCCAACUUAUGAUAAGCUAGCAGCAGCACUGAACUUGCCAAGCUUCUCAGAUAUUGAGGUGGAGGAAUUUUACUUAAAGGGUACAUUGGAUUUGGGGUCCCUAGCGGCAAUGAUGGCAAGUAAUAAAAGGUUUGGUCCUAGAAGCCGGGCAGGAAUGGGAGAGCCUCAGCCCCAGUGGGAAUCGCUUCAUGCGAGAUUGAAGGCCUUGUCAGCAUCUAAAUCACCCCAGAUGUUCGGUCUAAAAAUAUCUGAUAUUGGGUUGAAUUCCUCCAUCCCAGAGGGGGCAGCUGGAAACAUAAAGCGAUCUAUUUUGUCUGAGGGUGGUGUUUUGCAGGUUUACUAUGUGAAGGUUUUGGAGAAAGGAGACACAUAUGAGAUCAUUGAACGGGCUCUACCCAAGAAACCAAAGAUAAAAAAAGACCCUUCUGUGAUUGAGGAGGAGGAAAAGGAGAAGAUUGGAAAAAUUUGGGUAAACAUUGUAAGAAGAGACAUACCAAAGCAUCAUAGAGUUUUUACAGCCUUUCAUCGAAAGCAACUAAUUGAUGCCAAGCGGUUCUCAGAGAACUGUCAAAGAGAGGUGAAAAUGAAGGUGAGUAGAUCACUUAAAUUGAUGAGGGGUGCUGCAAUCCGCACAAGGAAAUUAGCUAGAGACAUGCUGCUAUAUUGGAAGCGAGUGGAUAAAGAGAUGGCAGAAAUAAGAAAAAGAGAGGAGAGAGAAGCUGCUGAAGCUUUGAGGCGUGAACAGGAGCUUCGGGAAGCAAAGAGACAACAGCAGAGGCUCAAUUUUCUUAUACAACAAACAGAACUUUACAGUCAUUUUAUGCAAAACAAGUCAAAUUCACAGCCCUCUGAAGCUUUGCCUGUCGGAGAUGAAAAAUUAAAUGAUCAAGAAGUGCUUCUGAGCUCUUCAGAUGCUGAGCCUGAUGAGGAAGAAGAUCCUGAGGAGGCUGAAUUGAAGAAGGAGGCCUUGAGAGCUGCUCAAGAUGCAGUUUCUAAGCAGAAAAAGUUAACAAGUGCAUUUGAUAGUGAAUGUUUGAGGCUGCGACAGGCUGCUGAAUUUGAGGGCCUUCCACCUGAGGUUGCAGGAGCUAGUAACAUAGAUCUACAUAACCCUUCCACCAUGCCUGUAACAUCAACAGUUCAGACACCCCGGAUGUUUAAAGGUUUCCUUAAAGAGUAUCAGCUAAAAGGCCUUCAGUGGCUGGUUAAUUGUUACGAGCAGGGUUUAAAUGGCAUACUUGCUGAUGAGAUGGGCCUUGGAAAGACCAUCCAGGCCAUGGCAUUUUUGGGUCAUUUGGCUGAAGAGAAAAAUAUAUGGGGUCCUUUUUUGGUUGUUGCACCUGCUUCUGUAUUGAACAACUGGAAUGAUGAAGUUAAUCGUUUCUGCCCUGACUUGAAAACUCUUCCAUAUUGGGGUGGGCUUCAAGAUCGAACCAUACUUAGAAAAAGGAUCAAACCCAAGGAUCUGUACCGCAGGGAAGCUGGAUUUCACAUUCUCAUUACCAGCUACCAGCUGCUAGUGUCUGAUGAGAAGUAUUUUCGGCGUGUGAAAUGGCAAUACAUGGUGUUAGAUGAAGCCCAGGCAAUUAAAAGUUCGAACAGUAUAAGAUGGAAGACACUGCUCAGCUUCAAUUGUCGGAACCGCUUGCUGCUGACUGGUACACCUAUCCAGAAUAAUAUGGCAGAGUUGUGGGCCCUUUUACAUUUCAUUAUGCCGACCUUAUUUGACAGCCAUGAACAGUUCAAUGAGUGGUUUUCAAAAGGAAUUGAGAGCCACGCAGAGCAUGGGGGUACUUUGAACGAGCACCAGCUUAACAGAUUGCAUUCAAUUUUAAAACCUUUUAUGCUGCGAAGAGUUAAAUCAGAUGUGAUUUCUGAGCUGACCAGUAAAACUGAGGUUACAGUGCAUUGCAAGUUGAGUUCUCGACAACAAGCCUUUUAUCAGGCUAUUAAGAACAAGAUAUCUCUUGCUGAGUUGUUUGACAGCAAUCGUGGGCAUCUUAAUGAGAAGAAAAUUCUGAAUUUAAUGAAUAUUGUCAUUCAGCUGAGAAAGGUGUGUAAUCAUCCAGAGUUGUUUGAGAGGAAUGAGGGAAGCACAUACCUCCACUUUGGGGAUGUCCCAAAUUCUCUUCUGCCUGCUCCCUUUGGGGAAUUGGAGGACGUACACUAUGCAGGAGGUCACAAUCCUAUAAUAUAUAAGAUACCAAAACUAAUUCAUCAAGAAAUUGUCCAUAGUUCUGAAACUCUUUGCUCAGCAGUUGGACGUGGUGUCUGCAGAGAAUCUUAUCAGAAACACUUCAAUAUGUUCUCCCCAGAAAAUGUUUAUCGAUCUAUAUUCCUGCAAGAGGAUAAUUCAGAUGGAUUAUCUGUGGGAAGUAGAACUUUUGGUUUUACACGUUUGAUGGAUCUAUCCCCAUCAGAGGUUACAUUUCUGGCUGCUGGUUCUUUUAUGGAGCGACUGCUGUUUUCUGUACCGAGAUGGGACCGACAAUUCCUGGAUGGAAUUUUAGACUCACUCAUGGAAGCCAUGGAUGAUGACACUGAAUGCAGUUACCUUGAGAGGGGGAAAGUAAGAGCUGUUACGCGGAUGUUACUGAUGCCAUCAAGAUCUGAGACUAACUUACUUCGAAGCAAAUGUGCAACGGGGCCUGGAGAUGCUCCAUUUGAGGCUUUAGUUGUCCCUCAUCAGGACAGGAUUCUAUCCAAUAUUAGGCUUCUUCACUCAGCAUACAAAUUUAUCCCACGAAUUAGAGCUCCUCCUAUUGGUGCCCGCUGCUCAGAUAGAAACUUCACUUACAAAAUGACUGAAGAACUACAUGACCCCUGGCUAAAGAGGUUGUUUAUUGGGUUUGCACGCACGUCUGAAUGUAAUGGACCCAGAAAGCCACAUCGUCCUCCUCAUCAUUUAAUUCAAGAGAUUGAUUCUGAACUACCAGCUUCACAGCCUGCUCUUCACUUGACAUACAAGAUUUUUGGGUCUUCUCCGCCAAUGCAAAGCUUUGACCCAGCGAAGUUGCUCACAGACUCUGGAAAGCUUCAAACACUUGAUAUAUUAUUGAAACGUUUGCGGCCAGAAAAUCACCGUGUUCUCUUGUUUGCCCAAAUGACGAAGAUGCUGAAUAUUCUGGAGGAUUACAUGAACUAUAGGAAAUAUAAAUAUCUUAGACUUGAUGGAUCCUCCACUAUAACUGAUCGGCGAGACAUGGUCAGAGACUUCCAGCAUCGGAGUGAUAUUUUUGUGUUUUUGUUGAGUACAAGAGCUGGUGGGCUGGGAAUUAACUUGACAGCUGCUGAUACUGUCAUAUUUUAUGAAAGCGAUUGGAAUCCAACUUUGGAUUUACAAGCAAUGGAUAGAGCUCACCGCUUGGGUCAGACAAAAGAUGUUACUGUCUACCGACUUAUUUGUAAAGAGACAGUUGAAGAGAAGAUUCUUCAGAGAGCAAGUCAGAAAAGUACUGUGCAGCAGCUUGUUAUGACGGGUGGUCAUGUUCAGGGUGAUCUCUUGGCCCCUGAAGAUGUUGUGUCUUUACUUCUGGAUGAUGCCCAGUUGGAGCAGAAAUUGAGAGAAAUUCCAUCACAGGCUAAGGAUAGACAAAAGAAAAGACAAUCGACAAAGGGUAUACGGGUAGAUGCAGAAGGCGAUGCAUCUUUGGAAGAUCUAACAAACGCUGGAUCUCAGGGUACAGGAAAUGAGCCGCCUGCUGAUCUGGAGAAAGCAAAAUCUAGUAGCAAAAAGAGGAAGGCUGCUCCUGACAAACAGGCUCCCCCAAAGCAAAGGAAUCCUCAAAAGAUGGCUUCACCGAUGGACUACGAGUUGGACGAUUCCCUUCAAAAUUCUGAUUCACAAGCACAAAGGCCGAAGAGGCCAAAGAGGCCAACGAAGAGUGUAAAUGAAAAUCUUGAACCGGCAUAUACCGGCACCCUCGCAGCUUCUCCGGAGCAGGCACAUUAUCUUCCUCUGACUGAGUUAGGCUCUGCUGGUUUUGGAGCAGAAGCACUUGAUAGUUGAAUAAAAGUAUACAAGAUUUACAGUGAUUGAUCAAGCUGUGGGGCUGUUAGAUGGAUAUAAUUGCAAUCCAGCAAUGAGGAUUCUUUUUUCCUGGCCCUGUUAUGGCUGCCAGACAAUCGGAAAGCAAGUGGAGCCACACGAUAGUUUGUAUAUAUUGUACGGAAUUAGUUUCUAGAUCUACUGCCUGUCCUCAAGAGGAUUUGGGUAUGUACUGUACAGAUGAGCUCUCUCUCUCACACUCACAUUAUUUUGGCUGCAGCAGCUAUAUAUUCUUGAUUUUGUAGUCGGCCCCAUUACAAAAUGUUGUAGAUUGGUAACUUGUUUUGAUGACCGAAAUCUCAUUGCCUUCUCUCUC